AUGCAGUUCUCUCAUCUCUUGUUGAUCCUUAGUUGGGCAGGGAGCCUCAGCCUUGUCGCUGCUGGUAUUGCUCCUUUGAAUAGCAACAUUGAAUUUCGUAAUGCUGCUGGAACAUCAUCGUCAGACACACUACGAGCUGUUCGUCGAUCUCUGGCUUCGGCAGCAACGAAAAGGGACACCGUUUUCAAGAACAGCACAUCUAUAAAUUCCAGUUGGGAUGGUGUGACGUUAUUCAGCAUCGCAGGUGAGAAACAGAAGGGCAACACCUCUGUCUCCGCGAGCGUAGAAAUUGUCUGCACAACUUGCUACAUUAAAGGCACAGCGACGGCGCAAUUCACAAUCAAUGGUAACCUCAAUGCCAGCCAGGCAAUUCACAACGUUACCUCCUCGAUCGAGACAGAGUUCAGCAACAUCACCACGACAGCAGUUAAAGAUGUUAAGAAUUUCGCCGAGAAUUUUACAAGCUCAAUUUUGAGCGCCGGAUUUAACGUCAAUGACAUUGAUUUCCCGCCACUCGAAUUAGACUUCGACGUCGAUGUCCCCGCGGUCCCAGCAUCCGAUCUCAAGUUUCAAUUCGACGGAUUAGAACUAUAUAUGGAAAUCGACACCAUCCUAUCAAGCGGGGCAACCUAUACCUUGAACUUGUACACAUCAGAGACUGCAAUCGGCUUUGCAGUUGCCAACGAUCUCUUGGUCGGCGUCGUCUUCGGCAUUGAUCUGAUCCUCAGCGUUGAGUCUGAAAUCGACAUCAGCACCGGCUUCCACAUCCAACUGCACGAUGGAAUCGCGAUCAAUAUCCCCAUGUUUGACCAGGACGUCUCGAGUAUAAACUUCAACGGAGGCAAUUUCGAGUUCCUCCCCGUCACAAUCCAAACCUCCGGCGUCGUCCUCACAGCCCUCCUCCGCGUCGGCAUCACAGCCGGUGUCGACAUCAGCACACCCAGCGACACCAUCGCGGACAUCACUCUCGACUUCAGCGCCGGCGUCGUAGCAGCCGUUUUUGCGGACGUAGCACAAUUCAUCACCAACGUAACUGUUGCCCCGGCAGGAAGCGGUUCCGAGUGUGAUCUUCACAUUGUCGAAGAGUACACCAUGCUUCUCGGAGCGAACGCUGGUGCCACUCUCGCGCUAGGAGGCCACACAUGGGGUCCCACGCCCAACACGCAGGUCCCGCUCUUCUUCACUACCCUCGCCGCUGCGUGCGCCGUGACAGGAACCGUGAGCGCAACAGCCACCGGAGCAACAAUAGCAGCCCGCAAUCCAGCUCCGAAUUCAGUAUCGUCAACAACAACAAGCACAAAAGUAACAUACACGAACACAGCAAUCCUAUGCCUCUCAACCGGACUGCUAAACUGCCCUAACUCUCUCCAAUCCACGUCCCAUAACACCGUGACCAAGACACUGGUAUCCGUUCUGCCUUCGGGUUCAAAAGCGACAUUCCUCACUGCAGCGAGUAAUACAGCCGUGACCACCAUUGCCUUCGGGACGAAUGUGAAAGCCCUUAGCUCCACGAGUGGGAGUCCUGUAUCCUUCGUGCCGACUUCUUCGCCCACCAGUCCCGGGAUCGUCGGCGUUCUAAACGGCAAGACAGGGGGUGUGAAUAAUAAGCUUAUUAUUGGAGUGAGUGUUGGUGUUGGUGUGCCGGUGUUGAUUGCGGUUGUUGUUGGGUUUGUGUAA